AUGCCGGCGGAGGCGGCCAGCAGCGCCGGCGGUGCGGAAGCUCCGCGGGAGCGGAGGCGGCGGCGCGGUCGUGCGCGGGCGCGUACCGAAGCGCUGCUGCACACGCUGAAACGCAGCCGGCGGGUGAAGGCCAACGACCGGGAGCGGAACCGCAUGCACCACCUCAACGCCGCCCUGGACGAGCUCCGCAGCGUCCUGCCCACCUUCCCCGACGACACCAAGCUCACCAAGAUCGAGACCCUGCGCUUCGCUUACAACUACAUCUGGGCCCUCUCCGAGACCCUCCGCCUGGCCGAGCAGUGCCUCCCGUCGCCCCCCGCCUACCGCGGGGCCGCCGCCCCCCCCAGCCCCGGCAGCGACGCCGGUUCCUGGCUGUCCAGCGCCUCCCCGUCCGCCCCUUCGCUCUGCGCCUCCGCCUCCGGCCCCAGCAGCCCCGCCACCUCCGAGGACUGCCCUUACGCGCCCGCCGACAGCCUGCGCAGCUUCCGCGGGCUGCCCGCCGCCACCGCCCCCCCGGGCGCUCCCUGCCGCUAG